GUCACUGUUUUGGCCCGUGUUCUUCCAUGGACAGCUGUCCACGUGACACAUUCCGCGCGUCACAGGCUCAAAGUCACUUUGACUCGGUCACCUACCUAUGUUCCCACCAGUCGACAUCACCGACCAAGAUACCUAGAAUGAUGCUGUUUCGAACAUCCCCCUCCACUUGAUCACUCGUCCUCUGUUCAUUUAAUCUUCUCCCUCUCAAAAUACAUAAUACAAGAGCAUCCACCCUGUUCUACUUUCCCUGCACACGAGCUCGAGAAUAAACUACUCGCCGCAUCUCCCGCCAUCACCCUUACCCCGCCAAUCACAACAAGAAGAAGACGAAGAAGGGAAAUACGGAGCUCCACCACCACAACGAAAAGACACGAUGGAGUUUGACUACACUUCUACAACUAGGCCGCAGAAGCGCGAGUCCGCAGAGCCGCGGAGUCUUAGGGACAUCACAGAGCAGGCGACCAAGUUCGACUACAAUCCGCUCAUCCCGCUGCGAUUCUGGCUGCGUACCGCUGAAUCACUGCACAAGCAGUCCCAGAUCUACCUCAAGGAAGGCGAUGAGCAGCAGGCAUACAUCCUUCUGCUGCGCUGGACAGAACUGAUGCUCCAGUACCUUAUUCAGCACCCCGAGCGCAACUUUCCCGACAAUGCGCGUGCUCUGCGACGUCUGCAAUCCCGUCUCCCCGAAGCCUUCCGGACACUCGAACAGAUCAAGCCCCGGUUGGAAACCCGGUACCUGGCACUCGUGGCCGCCCGCCAGAGGGUGGCGAUACCGCACGCGCCUGCAGCGGCGCAGCGUGGUAUAUCGGUAGACGGCUGGCUCUCGAGAACAUCCCAUCCCUCGGAUAAUGAGCGGAACGACCGGAACCUUGCGGCCGAGACCACAACUCAGGAGACCGACCGGAACUAUGCGCUCGAGAUCGCGAAGCUGGAGUUUGGCAAUUGGGAGCGCGCGCAGCUACAGCGACGGCAGACGGUGGCCAACACGAGUGGGAAGGGCGUGGUCGUCGAUCAUACGGGUACGGUUAUUCGUCGCGUCCCGGCUGAGGAUCCGGCGGUCUCGCGCCGUAGCUACUACGAGACGGUUGAGGAGAGGAGGGAACGUGAAGCCAGGGAGGGUGACGAGGACAUGAUGGAGAGCAUCAAGGCGCUUAGCAUGGGAAUCGACCUUUCCCAGCACAACGGCUCCAAGCGCGACUCCUACAAUAAGCGCAACUCCACAAGCGAGUAUGACUUCCAAGGGUUCCCACAGCAUGAGGUUGAGACUCGCAACCGGCCGAUUGAGGGCAACUGGGCGGGCUUCUAUCCUACCAUUCCACGGAGCCUGCACUCACAAACGGUCUAUGUUCCAGCGCCUCCACUACCGCUCUUACCGACUCCACCAGCCUUCACGUCGCCUCCGCUUCCACCAAAGAUCCCUACCAGCAAUGCACCCGCACUCCCACCCAAGGUGGUCGAGAAACCCGCUGCGCCUGCCACGCAGCCGCACCAAUUCUCGAUGCCCGCCACGCUCGAAAACGGCACACGCCUGCGUACCCUCUUCCUCCCGAGCCCGCUGCGCGAUACAUUCCUCGCGAUCGCCCAAGACAACACGGACGCCAACCUCGAGACAUGCGGCGUCCUCUGCGGGAAGCUGGUCCAAAACGCGCUGUUCGUGUCCCGCCUCGUCAUUCCCGAGCAGACAGCGACCUCGGACACAUGCACCACCAGAGACGAGGAGGCUUUGUUCGAAUACUGCCACAACGAGGACCUGAUGGUCUUUGGCUGGAUCCACACGCACCCAACACAGACGUGCUUCAUGAGCUCCGUGGACUUGCACACUCACUCCGGAUACCAGCUCAUGAUGGCCGAGAGCAUCGCUAUCGUCUGCGCCCCCUCCAAGACCCCCUCAUGGGGCGUCUUCCGUCUCACCGACCCCCCGGGCGUCCAGACCAUCGUCGCUUGUCGUGACAAAGGCCUGUUCCACCCGCACGCGGUCGACAACAUCUACACAGACGCGCAGAAGCCGGGCCACGUCACCAUCAUGGAAAACAUGGGAUUCGAUGUGGUCGACCUCAGGAAGCGAUAGAUACGGGAAAGAGCAUGGUGUGGUACGAAAGAUACGAAAGGCGUAUGGGGCUUGGGCGUUCUUGUUUUCUUCUCUUUUCUUUCUGUUUUUUUCUUUUCUGUUCUGUUGUGUUCUAGUUGGUUGGUUGGGUUGGAAGGGGAUGGAGGGAAGGGAAUAGGGUGGAUACGGAUGGAGAGGAGUAUACCUUUGAUCAGAUCGUUGCCAUUACUUACCUACGUGCUUUCUAGAUUACAUGACAUAGCAUACUACAUCUUACUGUACGGACAAUUACAUGGAAAAUUAAAUGGGCAUUUACGAGCGGG